AGGCUACAAGUGGUGUCACAUUAGCAUUCCUCAUGGUAAAUGUCUCGUAUUAAAAAACAAAGUAAAGGUUCGUUGGACAAAUCCAAAAACAGAGAGACGGUUGUGGGCUGUGGUGAUCUUCCUCUUCCUUGAUCACCACCUCUACUUGUCAUCGUGGCGGUGGGGGUGGCUGUAACGGCCAAGAACAAGUUAUUAUCAUUAAUAAAAAGGGAUGGCAUAUAGGAGAAGACAUGGAAUUACCAGGACAUCAACAUUCAAAGAAGAGAUUCAUCACCCACCAGAACAAGACAACCACCAUGAAAACAUCAACAAAAAUACUAACAUCAAUGACGACACUUUUCUUAUAACAUCUUCUUCAUCUUCAUCUCUGGCUGCUCAGGCUAUUAGGGCAUCUGCUGCUCAUCGGGAAUCAUCCCUUUCUUCUGCAUAUGCUGGAGAUUCUAUCUCUCGGAGAUCGAAGGUGUUUGGUGCAUACGAGGACAAACCGGGAACAAAUGAUUCGAAAGGGUUUUGGGGUGUCCUUGCUCGGAAAGCAAAAGCGAUUCUCGAGGACGAUAAUAUGUCUCAACAAUUUGAAACGCCAGAAAGGUCAAGGUUCCAGAUGCCAGAUUCCUCUGCAGGUGGUCAGUAUUCAUACCGGACACCUGAGGGCUUCAGGAAAAUGGAUAAUCCUGCAAUACGAAAGGGCUUGGAUAAGAUUACAUCUUCCCUUAAUCAAAUUGGUGACACCUUUGAAAAGGCUUUCGAGGAAGGUCGCACUAUUGUGGAAAAUAAGACAGCAGAUAUCAUCCAAGAAACUCGCAAACUGCAAAUUAGGCGAAAAGGUCCCGAGGCAUAUACUCAAAGUCCUGGUGCAAAUAGUUCGUGGAUGCAACAACAGACACAACCUCUGAACCAUGAGAAUCAACUGAAGGCAUCUCGCGACGUUGCCAUGGCUACUGCUGCCAAAGCAAAACUUCUUCUUCGGGAACUAAAAACGGUUAAAGCAGACAUGGCUUUUGCUAAACAAAGAUGUUCACAGCUGGAAGAAGAGAAUAAAAUGCUUCGGGAGAGCCGUGAAAAGGGCAGCAGUGUUGACGAUGAUGAUCUGAUCCGCCUUCAACUGGAGACACUUUUGGCUGAGAAAGCUCGUCUAGCACAUGAGAAUUCCGUGUAUGCUCGCGAGAACCGCUUUCUGAGAGAGAUUGUUGAAUACCACCAACUUACAAUGCAGGAUGUUGUUUAUUUGGACGAAGGCAGUGAAGAAGUUACCGAAGUCUAUCCCUUCACGAAGAUGCUUUCUGUUUCCCCACCUUCUCCCACCUCACCUUCAGAUAUCACAUUAAGUUCACUAUUGGAAAAGGAAAUCUGUCCCGUCCCUGACCUCCCGCAAGAAACACAGGAGGUUUCAGAAAGUGAUGCCCCGCCAAAUGCAGGUAUACCGUUACUCAAGGAGGAGGAGGAGGAGGAGGAAGAAGAAGAUACAGGAAGCGAUGCCCCCCCAAGUGCAGGUGUACCUGCACUCAAGGAAGAAGAAGAUGCAGGAAGCGAUGACCCCCCAGGUGCAGGUAUACCUGCACUCAAGGAAGUAGAAGAUACAAGAAGUGAUGCCCCCCCAGGUGUUGGUCUCCCUGUACUUGAGGAAAAAGAAGAGGAAAAACUGAUCCCUUCAAACAAGGAAGAAGAAGAAGAAGAAGAAUGUACUCCAAAGUCUGCAGCGCACAAGGAGGAAAAAGCAAAAACACCCUCAGCACGUAUGGCGUAAAUAAGUAGUCAUAUUCAUCUCUGGCAUUCUGUUGUCUCGACUCAGAUUGGGUUUCUUACCGUUUAUGUCUUGGUUGUGUUUGAUAAAGCCAAGGUUUUUGGGGGAGAUUUUUUUUCUUGGGCAAACAUUCUUUAAUGUUUUAUGAAUGUAAUUGUUUAUGCAAUUGCGUAUUUUUUAUCAAAUAAAAAGUCUGAUUUUCCUUUUUCCAGAUAACAAACAAACUUGGAAUUA